AUGGAGGACGCCAAAACACUCGUCAAGCAAGCUGUGCGUGCAUUUUACAGCCCCGAGCAAGUUGUAAUAAUCGAUGUCCUAUCAUAUCACGAUAUCCUAUCAAUGACCCAACUGCGCUCCUGGUCCAUUACGCAUGACCAAAAGUCGCUGAGAAAGGCCUGCGCCGAGCUGGAACGUGCGAAGCUCGUUUGUACGCGACAGUUACACGAAGACGAGUCAUACAUCUUUCUCGACUACUACCAAGCCGUUCAUGCAAUCCAAUACAUGGUCCACGAACUAAGACGCCAGGUCCUUGACGAAAACAAGCAAGUAUCCACUACGGAGAUCGUAAGACACUAUACUUGCCCUAGAUGCACUACCAAGUGGCCGUUGAUCGAUGUCAUCGACAACGCGGACCGUGACGCUGGCUUUUUGUGUAAGCGCUGCGUUACUCCAAGCAUCCUGUGUGAAGAGCCGGUCAGGCCAGACCCGUUGCCACGCUUCCACAAGCAGUUCGCGCCUUUCAUACACGUACUGGAGCGUCUUGACAGCAAAAGUGUUCCAAGGGCGGUUUUUGAAGAUCUCUAUGCACAGAACUAUCCCGAGGGCGGUGGUGAUACAUACAAACGGCGAUGCUCUUAG